GAGAAGGAGGCUGUGCUCCCUCAGCAGCAGGGGUGAACACACUUACCCCUCUCUCUCUCGCUCUUUCUCUCUCCCUUCCUCUCCUCCUUCCCCUCUCCUCUUCUUGGCGUCAUUUUAAUCCUCCCUCCAUGCUGAGAGCUACAGUGGAGAGACAGAGAAGAGAGGGAGAGAAAGAAACACAGAAUAGGAGACACAUUUUCAGCCUCUCUUUUCUUAAUUUUUCUGUUCCUAUAACUCUCCUUUCUUUCUUUAUCUCUCUCUUUCCCUUGUUUCCUCUUACCCUCCUCUUCCUCUGGGGUUUUCUGGGGGUCAGAAGAGAAAUGGGAUGUGGAAAUUCUUCACCAGCCAACACCAACAGCAGCAGCAGCCACGGCGGCACUGCAGGUGAGCGAGGAUGUUUGUGGGGAAAAAAGGACGUUUUGUUGCUCUGAGUCAUGCACUGACAGACAGUAGAAAAUAGUGGAUGAUUGUUUGAAGAUUAAAGGCACAUUUCACCAACUUUUUUGUCCUUUUAGGCUAUUAGAGAUCCUUCUUUUUGCACUGUUGUUGGCAUGUUGUUUUGACCUUUUGUCCGCUGAAAGCCUCCAGCUUUUCAGGGAUAGUCUACCUUAAACUAGAGCAAAAAUUAUGUUAUUAGAUUUACUGUCCUGUACUUUGUUUUUGCUAUCAAAUAUUAAGAGGUUCAUCGUAUAUGGAACCUUCUGGCUAUCGUCUGAGGAGGAUACAACUUCUGGGAGUGAUGUGCAACUCUUGGGACUCCUGGUGUAGCCAGUAGUGGGAUUUAAGGACUCAUUGCUAAGACUCCUUUUUCUAUACAUUGCCUUUGCAGUUCAAGUUCAAACUUUAGAUGCAAGAAUGACACUGAUCUUGGAUCCACAUAUCUGUUGAAGAUAUACACUGAAGGAUUAUUUCUCUUUUGUAAUCCACAGGGGCUGUUUUCUUGUUGAUGCUUGUUGAUCUCUAUGCACACAUACAAGGGCCUGUUUCCACUAUCAGUACUUUUUGCACUUGCAGCUCCCACUUUCUACACAAACCCAGUGCAGUUCAUUGUUUUAGCGUUCAACAUCCUCAAAGCAAAGAUGUGCUUGGCAGCAGCUUAUCAAAUGAUGGACUUACUGCACUUGCAACUGAAAAUUGUAGGCACCAUCAAUAUGAAAAGAAUCUGUCGGUGGACAUAGGCCCUAAAGGCUCACUAGGUUUGCUUAAAUCUUAUUUGGUUAGUUUAAAUUGUUCUCAUCCAGCAACCAACAGUGAAUUGAAAAAUGAAGCGAAUGUGAAAGAGAGGAAAAAGUGGAGUUCCCUCGUUAAUCAUCUUGAAGUAAGUCGACUAAACGUUUAGUAGCCAAUGGUUAUGUCCAGUGACUGCUGUGAUACAGACUACAGCCUCUAUAAGUGAGAUACUUUCAGGAUUUAAGUGCCCUAUGAGGAUUUGUUCUGCUUAACCUGUGGUACAGCCACCGUCCUCCAGAGUCAACUGCCAUUAUGUUUUAAAGCUCUACUACCUGGAUGUAAACAAGCACAGAUGGCAUACGUUAUCUCUCAGCGCAGUGGGGUUUGGAAGUAGUUUGAUCUGGAAAAUGGAGACAUAUGUACAUAGGCUGUGUCUGGUUAAACUUAUUUUUCAGGGUGUUUUUUUACUUUUAGAUUAGCCAGUUAUUCAGAGUUUCACUUUUUUUCGAGACACUUUGAAAAAUAUCGAAUUUCAGCUCCAAAUGUGGAGUCUGAACAGCUUAAAAGAAGCUAAACAGCACAUCAAAAUCAACAAAACGGAUCACCGUCCUUGAAACAUCCUUUUAAUUUCUAGUUGAUAAUCAUGAUCCCCAGAACGAAUUCUGAUCAUCUCAUUGGCUGCCUUUGUGUAUUAACCAUCAAGUAAACUUUUCAUCAUGGUAACCUACUGAAAUAUAUUGAAAUUUUAUGGAGGCAUCCCUGUUACUUUUUACUCAUAUUCAUGCUCCUCAGAGGAUGAACCCUCUGUUAUUCUUUUGUUGUACCUGUUGUCGUGUUUUUAUUGGCUUUAAAUAUAAAUUUUAAGAGUUAUAGAUUGAUUAAAGGGAGCUUGAGUUAGUAGAAAAGAAGUCAACCAGAAGCUGAUAAAUCUCACACAUCUGCCUGUUUUUGAUUUCAGGUCCAGCUGAGUCUUCAUCAAAGGGGUGAGUUAAUUUGUCUGCUGAUAAAACAUAUGAGUUAUUUGACCUUUUUCUGAUGUUUGCGUUUAAUGCAAAUCGACUGACGUCAGUUUGCAUCAUUUUAAAUGUGUGUGUUUGUUGACAGAUCAGAGGAGUCUGCACCAGAGGAUGAUAAAUGGAAGUGAGUCAUGACUGAAAUAUGAGCCUGAAAAAACACACCUGGACAACAUUCCUGCAUUUGUGCUGAAUGAUAUGAAAUGAUUAAUGCAAGUACGCAUGUUUGUUUGUGUGUGUAAACAGGAACUAUGGUGGUGUGUACGUGGGUUUUCCAGCAGACAUGAGCAACAUUCCUCAAGUACAGAUCGGAUCACUCAGAGGUAACAAAGCUUUUGUACUGUACAAAUCGGAUUGUUAAAAAGAAAAAAAUUAAUAAAACAAGCAGACAUUUUAUUUGGUUUAACUUCCAAAAAAUUAAGACUAAAAACAGUUUUGGAAAUGACAGUGGACGUGUUUAUUUUUGAGCUUUUUGGCUUAGUGCGUAUGUGGUUUUCAGUGCUUCAGCAAUCAGCCUCAUGUGGACAUUUUGGGAACUGCAGUUUUUAGCACUUUUACACUCAUUUUUUUUUUCUCUUAAUACCAGAGUUUUGCCACUUGAUACAGAUGAUACGCUUGAUACAUCCACAAUAAGAGCGCCUCUCAAACUGUGCAAGGAUGGAAGCAAUCUGGUGACGUUUUUCCCCAGUAACUUAGUUAUUUAUUUAGUUAGUUAUAGUAAGAUAUUCUGUGUUACUAACUAUCAGAGCAUGAAAACAGUGGAGGUGUCAGCACACAGCUCUUUGUAUGUUGCACAGAUAGAAAUACAGAAACUAAAUCUGUCACCUUGAUGGCAUUGGUAUAGACUCUAUUUCUUCAUCUGCCAUCAUGCUGUUAACAUUACAUUGAAUACUAACUGAAAGCGCUAAAUGUCUCAAACUUAUUUGUCUCUUUAAACGAAAAGCUUCCUUCAAGCUUUCUCCUCCAACUUUCGUCUCAAAUUUGAUUAAUGUGAAAAGCUGUUAAAAAGUGAUGCAGUUUGGUCCUUGGCACCAGGUAUCAGAACACUCAAUAAUGCUAUCAAAUAUCGUCGUAUUUUUCAUUUAUCGUUUGCUUUUGCGACUCUUUAGCAUGCUUUUAAUGUCACAACCUGCCACCAGACCCAUCACUCACCCCUCAUCCCUCUUGUUCAACGGAGAAGAUGAUGCUGUGAAGGACAGGUGCAGAAGCAACAAGCAGAGCCCCUGGAAAUAUCUAGAAAUAUGUGAGGAAAAAAAGACAUAAUGAUGAGGCAGAAAUUAACUUCCUUUGCUCACAUUGUUGCUUCUGCCUGAAAAUACUCAAACCCCAUGCAGACCUGACCUGACUGACAAAUAUGCUCUGUCUCUACAUUUGAUGAGAAGCAGUAUGUGUACGUGAGAGUGUGCAACUACUAAUCCACUCCUUAAUAACUUCUACAAACACACACACAGACACACACGCAUACGCAGCCUCAAUUUCCUGUUGAGUCUCCAGGGUCACGAGAGCAUGGGAGAAAGAAAUCACUGAGUAACAGUGCGUGUAUUUGUGUGUGUUUUUUAUUAUUGACAGUAUGUGACCUUAACGUGUGUUUGUGUGAAAAAAUAAAAGUACAUGUGUGUUCUUGUCGGUGCUACACAUGCAUUCAAGUCAAUUAUUUAUUGUGCGCAUUAAUUAAUGGCACUUUCUUCCACAGAGAGUGAGAGAGACUCGUCAUCCCUUAGGAAGCCGCUGUGGGGGAACGGACUCUAAUUUUAAUGAAGAGCCAGGUCUGUGCUUGCUUCUGUGUGUGUGUGUGUGUGUGUGUGUGUAGCGACCUCCUCCAGUUCCUCUCUUCUCUCUCAUUAAUGAGAGCUGUGGUGUCACAUCAGCAGUUAAAGCUCUCUGUGUUUUCACUUAUAAAGGAAAACUCGGAGAGCUUUCACUCCUUGAAAGAGGGGGCAAAAAUAUAUAUUUAACCCCUCUUAACCUAACACAGUUUUAUUCACCUUACAUUAUUCAGAUGAAAACACGGACAACUCUACAGCUACAGCUCUGUACCAUUUGUAUGUAAGAUAUGACAACUCAGUUUAUUUGAAGUUCUUUCUUCUUCUGUUGAUUUUUUGUUUACCAUUCGGCUUCCUACAACGCAUUUAAGCCAUUCAACUUCUAGGUAACAGUCCAACAUGUGAGCUACAGCACAUAGAAAACUACAGAAUCAAUUCCCAACAGCAUUAUCUAUCUAGGUAUGUUUGUUCGACUGCAAGAAAGUCAAUAUAGUGCGAUUUCAGUCUGACAAACAUGUUUACUUUUAAACAUAGCACCAGAAAUAUCUAUUUUUCUGUCUUUUGCCCAUCUUUGUUUCUCACAAGGUGCUACAGAGGAAAGAAAAUGAAAGGAAGGACUUUCUCAAGGAAGAAUAAGAAGAGGAGACCCUCCAAGUUUUGGUCAAGCCGUCAGUGUCGCUUCAAGGAGCAAACCAGGUCUAAAGUGGGGACCAGCAGUGACCCUCGGAGAAGACGUAAAUGGGAUUGUGGAGUCUGAUGAACUUGAUCUAGACUUCUUCAACCUGGACUCAUGACCUUAUGAACAGUGACAUUUUGAGGUGAUGACUUCACUGAGUACCCUUCAAGGUUUGUGUUGGGUAGCUGCUGCAUGAAGUGCUGGCAGCAGGUGUUGCAGUGAAUCUGUGACAGCCCAAUAACACAAAAUGGAGAGACAUUUAGUGGAAGCUGUGCUGUGGGUCAUCACGUCUGUUUCUCAGGACAGAUGAUCUGUAUAAGACUGGAUGGUUUUAAUUUAAGGACUGGAUAAGGUGAAUAUCAACAAGCUAGCUACAAAACAUUUUACAACAAUAUUCUGUGAAAAUAUGCUGAAAAGGUCAAAAACCAAUUAUGAAAUGAUCAAACUAAAUGUGUUUAUCUGUCUGAGGAUGAGUGAAAAGCUUGCUGAAAAAGUUACCAACAUUUUCUCUCUGACUAGAAUCAACUUAUGUUCUCUUUUUGAAAGUUUACAAAGUGCUCUGAGGUGUAAAAGUAAUAAAAAACAGGUUAAACGUGGCAGGACCCA